AUGUGGAUCUCUUCGAGACCUCGAACGGGAAUUAGGGUGGACGAACAACCGAUAGAACUCGUCGAUGAGUUCUGUUACCUGGGCUGUAUGCUGAAGAACAACGGCAGCUACGAGAAAGACAUUCAGCAAAGAUGCGCUAAAGCCAUUUCCGCAUUCAACUCGUUAACGAAAUGCCUGUGGUCGACCCCCAUCACCAACGAAGUCAAGCUGCGAGUCUACCUAUCCGCAAUUCGCCCCAUCAUGAUGUACGGAUGGGAGACUUGGGCAGCACCAUCAACGGUUAUGGAGAGGCUUGACUGCACGGAACGAAAGCUGCUUAGACGGCUACUUGGCUACUUUUGGCCUAGGGAGACCGGCAGAUCGCCUUGUUCAACGAGUUUUGAGGAGUUCGUCGGGUUCGAGCUGAAAGAAGCCACCUGGCCGAAAACGGAAGUUCUGGACUAA